CGGGCUGGACUCAGGGGCAGCCGCGGGCACUCCGCCCCGGGGUAGGGCGCUCGCCCGCGGGCGCGCACGGUGCGGAGCGGGCCGGCGGUGGCCGAGGCGAGGCGAGCGGAGCCCGGGCGCGGUGGCGGCGGCCAGGAGGGGGUUAAGCGGGCGCUGACAGUCAGCUGAGCCCUGACUGACAGCCCGCAAAGUUUCCCUGUCGCUAGACUCUUAUGCUAAUGAGGCCGGGCGGCGCGCGCCCAUUGGCCCGGCCCCGAGCCCGUGUCCCGCCUGACGUCACGGGCGCUAUAAAACUCCGCAAUGCUUUAAACUCUCCUGCCGGAUCAAACCUUUAAAUAUUUUUCAUCUUCUUGCUGUAGCUUUGAGGCCGAGUUGUUUUUUUUUUUCUCUCUCUCUUUUUUUUUAACUCUUAUUAUUAUUGUUAUUAUUUUGGUUGCGAUACAGACUUUGAGGUUUUUUUUGAUUUUUUUUGCCUUCGCUCUCUUUCCCUCCUUCCUCCCCCGAUGAACCUCUCUCCUCGCUCUGCACUUUGCAGGAGAGAGCCCAGAGGAAAAGCACCAUGAAGUGUUAAAAAUAACAAAACAAAACAACAACAACAACAAAUUUACUCGCAACACCAGCUAACACUUCCAGCUGCGGCUCGAGAGCUGCGAAAGAGCGAGAGGAGAGAGAGAGAAGGGAGGGAGAGAGGAGGAAAAAAAAAAAAAACCCUCUAUGCAAAAGGCGAAUAGCGAGAGCCCCGCGCUCUGAUGCAUCAGCGGAGCCUCUGCGAGGGAUAACGCGGAGCGGGAGAGGAGCCGCCGGGGCGGACCGGAUCGGAGGCAGAGCAGGAGAGCGGAGCGGAGCUCGCCAAAAAUCAAGCUGGCUCACCCGGUGGCGACUCAGAGCAGCCCCCUCGCUCCCGGAGCGCACCCUUUCUGGAGGACUCUCGGCAGCAAAAGGAUGGCAUCAGAGCUGGCGAUGAGCAGCUCCGACCUGCCCACCAGUCCCCUGGCCAUGGAAUAUGUUAAUGACUUCGAUCUGAUGAAGUUUGAAGUGAAAAAGGAGCCGGUGGAGACCGAUCGCAUUAUCAGCCAGUGCGGCCGCCUGAUCGCCGGGGGAUCGCUCUCCUCCACCCCGAUGAGCACGCCCUGCAGCUCCGUGCCCCCGUCCCCCAGCUUCUCGGCGCCCAGCCCCGGCUCCGGCUCCGACCAGAAGACCCACCUGGAAGACUACUACUGGAUGACGGGGUACCCGCAGCAGCUCAACCCGGAGGCGCUGGGCUUCAGCCCCGAGGACGCGGUGGAGGCGCUGAUCAACAGCAGCCACCACCCGCUGCCCGGCGCCUUCGAUGGCUAUGCUAGAGGGCAGCAGCUGGCCGCGGCCGCCGGCGGCUCCGUGCCGGCCGAGGAGAUGGGCUCGGCGGCCGCCGUGGUGUCGGCGGUGAUCGCCGCGGCGGCGGCGCAGGGCGGCGCGCCCCACUACCACCACCACCACCACCACCCGCACCACGGCGGCGGCGGCGGCGGCGGCGGCGGCGGGCACCCCCACGCCGCGGCGCCGGGCAGCGCGCCGCCCUCCUCCGCCUCCUCGGCCGCCGGCUCCGGCUCCGGCGGCGGCGGCGGCGGCGGCGCCGGGGGGCUGCACCACCCGCACCACGGCGGCGGCGGCGGCGGCGGCGGCGGCGGCGGCGGCGGCCUCCACUUCGACGACCGCUUCUCCGACGAGCAGCUGGUGACCAUGUCGGUGCGGGAGCUGAACCGGCAGCUGCGGGGCGUCAGCAAGGAAGAGGUGAUCCGGCUGAAGCAGAAGAGGAGGACCCUCAAAAACAGGGGCUAUGCCCAGUCCUGCCGCUUCAAGAGGGUCCAGCAGCGGCACGUCCUGGAGUCGGAGAAGAACCAGCUGCUGCAGCAAGUGGAGCACCUAAAGCAGGAGAUCUCCAGGCUGGUCCGGGAGAGGGACGCCUACAAGGAAAAGUACGAGAAGCUGGUCAGCAAUGGCUUCAGAGAAAACGGAUCCAGCAGCGACAACCCUUCCUCUCCAGAGUUUUUCAUGUACCCGAGAGAAUCAUCUACAACGGUGAUGUGAAAAUUCCUGUUACCUGAGGUCAAAAAUAAAAGAAAAUGUGAUGCUGGACUGAGGAUGGCUUAGAACAACCUUCUGGCAUGAAGACAGCUACAAAGCACAAAAUACAAAAAAAUGAACUCAGAAAGAAACAAGAAAAAAAACAGCGUUUUCUUGGCAUCAACAAGAAGCUCUUUAUUUUUCCUCAAGUUUUCUUUUCUAAAAAAAAUGGAACUAAGACAUUUGCAGAAAUGAGACAAACUUUCUCUUCAGGUGACAAUAUUCAAGCAAGCAUGUUGUUUUAUUGAAUUUAAAUGGAAAGAAAAGACAGAUUUGGAAUGGGAUACAGUAUCAGGAGAACUGAGAAACUGUGGACUUUCAAGGAAAUAAAACUCCUUAAAACUGUGAACCGAGAAAUUGAUGGAAAUACCAUUUAAACCCCUGAUUACACUCUGUGUGUUCUUAAGGAGACAUCAUCAUCUUUGCUAACUCGACAGUAAUUAGGGAAUGGUUUACAACAUAUUGUAAUCUUUUAAGAAAAAAAAACAACACCAGAAAUAUUUAAUUAGCUGUGACUUUACCAUUACUGUUCAGAUGUCUUCCUGCACCUUCUUUUUCUAGACAAUGCAGAUGUACUUGCAGCCAACAGUCAAGGGCUGAAAAGAUUUCUUUCCUCAAUAAUCUUUUGAUUUGCCACACCCAAUAAAAUCCUUGUAGGGAAAAAGAAUCAACACAACUACCAUCUCCCAAUCAAUACCUAAAGCCUAACAGACAGUAAUUAUCAAAAUAAGGAGGAAAUCCCAUAUUGGGCUACAUACCUACCCAUUAAUCAAAACAACAGAAAUUAUCUGCAGAAUUGCUUUUCUAAAAUAAGACAGAAGACGCCUCCUUGGGUUACACUUUGAACAGGCUGUAAUGAAAAGAAAGAGAACCGAGACUAACUAAGCCCCAGGAAGCCGCAUUGUCCCUGUAACCCACAGUAUUCCCCACCUCCCAUUAGUAUUUAACAUUUUUCACUAUGUUGUGACUGCUAUUAUUUCAUUUAACACCGGUUAAUCUGUAUCUGAGGUACAUGGAAACCCUCUAGAUGAUAAGAUUGGACAGGUUCCAGCGUUGGCAGUUUCCGAGCGUGCACACACUCGUGUGUUUUGAUCCUUCCAGGAGCUCCCUGCUAUUUGGCCUGGCUGCCAGCUCGUUCUUGGAUCAGCCUGUCGCUCAGCUCCCAGAGGGCAGCGGCCGU